AUGGCGUUAACUUGUCCCGACAGCCAGAACAUCGCACUCGUAUUGCUACUACGUAGACUACGUCAGAAACGGAAGCGGACCAUGUACAUACGAGAGCUAUUCGACAAGCGCCCUCAACCCAGCGACUACCACCACCUCGUACAGGAGCUGCGCCAAGUGGACCAUGAGUACCACUUUCUUUAUCGCAGAAUGACAAAGGCGAAGUUCGAUCACCUGUUGAGCCUUGUGUACGAGAGAAUACUGCAUGCACCUAACCACACGAGACCGAUACGCCCUGCCGAAAGGCUGGCAGUGACGUUAAGGUUUCUGGCAACAGGCGCCUCAAUGCAAGACAUCGCAAUGAGCUACUGCAUGCAUGCAACAAUGGUUGCUGGGAUUUUAAAAGAAACGCUCCCGGCGAUAUGGGACUGUCUAUCACCGCUCGUCCUUAAGCCCCCAACAGCUGCUCAUUGGGAUAAAAUUCGCAAAGGAUACAGCUUAAAGUGGAAUUUUCCAAAUGUAGUCGGAAGCAUAGACGGCAAGCAUUUUACGAUUCAGUGCCCAGAUAAGAGUGGGUCAGAUUAUUAUAACUAUAAAGGUUUCUAUUCUAUCGUUCUGCUUGCCGUGGUUGAUGCCGACUACCGGUUUACUCUCGUCGAGGUCGGGGCCCAAGGAAAGAUUUCAGAUGGUGCUUUCUUUAAUGAAAGCUCCAUUAGGGAUGUUUUUGAGCGUGGAGGUAUGGAGCUACCCACGACAGCAGUCAAUGGAUGGCCUGUUUUUAUGUGCUGCUAA